AUGAACAGCCUCGGGGGGUCCCAGCCCCUUCCCCAGCUUCUCUCCAUCCGCCCCACAGUCGACGACGGCAUCGUGAGCGACUGCAAGGAGGAGGUGCUGCCGCAGGAGAUCAUCCAGACCGUCAUCCCCCCGCUUCCCCUGACCCCUAAAGGCAGGAAGCGGGGGGCAGCGGGGGGCCGCGGCGCCGGGGGCUCUGCCAUGGGGGGCUACGGCGAGGAGGAGCAGGAGGGCGGCGGGGGGCGGCUGCGGGGGGGCCGCCAGCGCCCUUUUAUCUGCAACGAGUGCGGGAAGAGCUUCAGCCACUGGUCCAAACUGCUGAGGCACCAGCGGACUCACACCGGAGAGCGACCGAGCACAUGUGGGGAGUGCGGGAAGAGCUUCAGCCAGAACUCACACCUGGUGCAGCACCGCCGCACGCACACCGGGGAGAAGCCGUACCGCUGCGGGGACUGCGGGAAGAGCUUCAGCUGGAGCUCCAACCUCAUCCAGCACCAACGCAUCCACACCGGGGAGAAGCCCUACAGCUGCGGGCAGUGCGGGAAGAGCUUCACGCAGAGCAAAAACCUCAUCAAGCACCAGCGCACCCAUUCGGGGGCCCGGCCCCAUCGCUGCGGGCAGUGCGGCCGCGGCUUCGCGCAGAGCACCAACCUGCUGAAGCACCAGCGGGUGCACGCGGCCUGCAGCCAGCCUCCGGCCUGCCCCGAGUGCGGGCUGAGCUGCUGCGACGGGGCCGAGCUGGAGCUGCACCGGGCGCAGGCGCACGGCCACGAGCCUUACAUCUGCGUGGAGUGCGGGGACAGCUUCGCCAAAAGCGCCACGCUCAAACGCCACAAGCGCGUCCACAAACCCGUCUUCGUGCACUGAGCUGGGGUUGGGGGGACGACCUGCCCGAGGAUGGAGCGGCUCAGGAUGCGAGGCUCGGAGCACCGGCCCUCAGUGAACGUGUAGGGUUGGACCCUGUAGAUGUACAUAGCGUGGGGUGGGGGCCGUAGGGUAGAAGCAAAGCGAGGGGCUGGGAUGUGGGGCGCAGCG